CAACUGGUUGUUGAAUAUGGGUUUGUUCAUUGUGUUCUAAUUAUUAGUGUACUUGAUGAUUUGAUGAAUCUUCUGUUUCUUGUUAUUUUGCUCCCCUCGGAUUAUCUUAAUGACAGUGAAUCUUUUACACUACGCAAUUAAAAUUUUCUUGUUUUCUUACAUUGUGCUUAAGUGAAAACAAGCCCUAGCUUUGCUGAAGCUGCUAUGGGGAGAAUUGCCCAGGGAACAAAGGUUCUGGCAGAAGGCGGAUAUGAGAAGAUUUUCCUGAACACGUUUGAAACAGGUCCAGAGGAACGGCUUCAAAAUUCUUUUGCAUGUUAUUUGUCCACAUCAGCUGGUCCAGUGAUGGGAGUUUUGUAUAUAUCCUCUGCAAAGAUUGCAUAUUCUAGUGACAAUCCUAUUUCCUAUAAAAAUAACAACCAAACAGAAUGGAGCUAUUAUAAGAUCACGAAGUGGUGCAAGCAUGGAAGGAAGAGUCAAUACUUUGUAGAGGGGCGUCAACAACCAGAAAAGGGUGAUAAUGGAAUGGAGAAGAAGUUUCCAAGAAUUGAAAGAAAUGAUAUUGGAAUACCAAAAUCAAGAAAGGCACUCAAAAGGAAGGGAGAAAUCUCUUGACAGUGCAAGAAGGGGAGGAAAAGAGGAAUUUCUUCAUGACAUCAAGAAAGGAAAGAAAGAAGUAAAGAAGGGUAGGGUUGUUGGGAAAGAUAGUCUGCUAGACAUAAGCCAAGAAACCCUUAGAUAGAGGAGAAAAUUCAACCAAUUAAGAGAAGAAAAGAGAAACGGAUAUAAGUGAAGAGGACGGGGUUCACAUGUUUCCUUUAUAUAGUUGGGGGUCCUGAAAUGUAGAGGACUUUUGGAUUAUUUUGUAGAUUGAGCUUUAGCUCUUUGUGAAGGGGAAACCCUUGGAGGACAUAAUACUAAUGAGAUUUGAGCCUAAUCACAUAAGGGAUUGACGUAACUCUUUACCUAAAACCUUAAGACAAUUGGUUAAUAGGCUUUUCAUUUUUAUAUAAUGUUCUACUUUUUCAUUUCUAUCCAAUG